AUGCUUGUGUGUUGCUGUUUGAGCGGUCUCGGUGUCUCCAAGGAGGAGCAGCAGCUGCUGCUGCGGCUGCUUGCUGCGCUGCUGCACCUGGGGAACAUAACCUUCGAGUCAGCUGCAGCAGCGGUAGCAGCAGCAGCAGCAGCGGGGGCAGCAGCAGGAACAGCAGCAGCGGCAGCAGAAGCAGCAGCAGCAACACAAGCAGCAGCAGCUUCUCCCGCGAGCAGCAGCGCUACGCCAUCGAGCGCAGCUGCUGCUGCGGCUGCUGCUGCUGCAGCUGCUGCUGCCGGCGACGGCGACGCUGCUGUCGUGUCUGCCUCUGCUGCUGCUGCUGCUGCUGCUGCUGCUCGGCUGCUGGGAGUGGAAGCAAAGUUGCUGCUGCUGAAAUUAACAAAAAAAGAAAUCCGAGAUAUCUACAGACCCCUCAAAGUCUCCGAAGCAAAUUUGAACAGAGACGCACUUGUUAAGACACUCUACAGCCGAAUAUUUGACUUUUUGGUUGCCAAGAUCAACAGCUCUUUAAACCCCACAGCAGCAGCAGCAGCAGCAGCAGCACCAGCAGCAGCAGCAGCAGCAGCACCGACAGCGGCAGCAGCAGCAGCGGCAACAGCAGCAGCAGCAGGUACGGCUGCCCCUCGUGUCUUCAGCCACUCAGUGUCUGUUUCUCCCUUUUGUCCCCAGCGCAGCCAGCAACAGCAGCAGCAGCAGCAGCAACAGCAGCAGCAGCAACAGCAGCAGCAGCAGCAACAGCAGCAGCAGCAGCAGCAGCAGCAGUUGCUGAUUUGUGCGUCAGGGGAAGAGCCGCAGUGUUUGGGCAUUCUCGACAUAUUUGGUUUUGAGGAUCUGGUGAGUUUUUCUUUUUUUUAA